AGGUAAAACAAAUGCAACACAUCUUUACAUCAUCAAGCAAUCGCAGCAUAAACAAAAGUAACACAUCUUUGCCUACUUAAUAUACCACGACAGAGUUCCACACUGAUCCCAAAGGAGGAGGCAAGAUGAGGAAGCAGGCAGGGUUCAGUAAGCAUGAGAGCAUUGCCUAAAGGGAGCAUUCAUCUCUGCUCUCUGUAUCCAGCUCUCUCUGUCUCCAACUCUGCUCACCUUAUUGGAUACUUUCCUACUUUUCAGACCUACUUAUCUGCUGCCCCCCCACCUCUGCCUCGCCAUCAAAUCCUGCUCCCAAAGCAAGAUCCAAAAGCAUCAGCAUACUUUAAACAAUUGGCCAUAUUUUCCUCAGAGACAUUUGCAUUUUAACAGGGGAAAGCAUGUUGCACCUAAAAUAUCAGGGAAUUCUCAGAGGAAUACUUGGUGCAUUAGCAAAAUUGGGGGAUGCGAUCUUGGGGAUCUGAUCACUGAUCUCCUUCCUGCUAGAGUUCCAAGCAAAGCAGGUAUCCUGGUUCUAAACAGCAGCAAGUGUGGGCAAGAUAGAGCUCAGGGAGACAUGCUAUCGGGUUGGAAACUUCAUUAAAUAUUUACAUGAAAAUUCAGGCUCCUCCUUGCUCAGGUGUGGUCACGUGGCUCAGAGUGCAGGAGAACCAGAGCACAGAGGUCUGAUCUGAGAUGCCUUUGAGGGGCUGAGGUAGUGACUCUUCUUCCAGGCUACAAGCCCUGAGGACUAAGACGUGGCUGGGGAAGGGUCUUAGGGACUGGGGGAAGGAAAGAAGAAAGGCACAAGGGAGUGGAGGUGCAAUAAGGUGAGAUCAUUGUGGACCGGAAGGGAAGGCUUUUCUAAUUUCUGAGGGUUUCGGAUUCUAGGAAAGAAGGAGGAGAAAAUACAUUACACUUCUAGUUUUGACUGGGGAACAACAGAUCAGCAGGGGCAUGGCAGGAGGGUUGAAUCAUUCCUUUCUGUUUACUCAUUUUGUGGGAGGAUGUGAGCUCUGCUUCCGGGAACUCAGCAUUGACCUCUCAGGAAUUAGGCAGAAACAAGAUGGGCUUUGUGGACAUCAACAGGACUGGUUGGUGGGGGAAAGGACGAGAGUGAGAAAGAGAUAUCAAAGACACCUGUUGGGGCCUGGGGAUCUAUGGGGUUCGUGUGUGCUAGAGAAGGCACACCUUGCUCUAUAGGCCCUCCCUGUAGAAGUCCAGGCUGCACUGAGCUGGGACAUGGGUACCAAGGCAGCAGCUGGGACAGUGCCUGAUGCUGGGGAUAAGUGAGUGGCACAUUCAGGUGAUGUCCUGCUUUCUCUAUUGCACCAUUUUCAAGAAGUAGGAAUGGACAGAAGAAGCAACAGGGUCUCCUAGGUCUCAGUAUCAGCUCAUAGCCGCCAUUUCCCCCUCUCUGUCCCUCUUCUGUGCCAGCGUAUCCUCAAUCUUCUACAGCUGCUGUAGGCAGACUCAUCAUGUGGACCCUUGCAGCCCUCCUGCUCCUAGUUCCAAGCAGUGGGCAGGCUGCUACUCUGGAGAAGCCCAUAUUGUCUCUACACCCACCUUGGACUACAAUCUUCAAGGGCGAGAGAGUAACUCUGCGCUGUGACGGAUACCACCCUCUUCUGCUCGAGCUCCGGCCCAUUAGCACUCUCUGGUAUUUGGGCCAUGUCCUCCUGCCUUCCCACAAGAAGAGCAUUGAGGUGCAGACACCAGGGGUGUAUCGAUGUCAAACACGGGGAGCUCCCGUCAGUGACCCCAUCCACCUCUCUGUGUCUAACGACUGGCUAAUUCUGCAAGUGCCGUAUGCUCCUGUGUUCGAGGGAGAGCCCCUGGUGAUGCGCUGCCGUGGCUGGUACGACAAAGUCGUCUACAAACUUCACUACUACCACGAUGGCCAGGCCGUGAGAUACUUCCAUUCUAGUACCAACUACACAGUGUUACAGGCACGAGCUAGUGACAGCGGUCACUACCAGUGCUCCGGCACCAUGCGCAUCCCAGUGGAGAGUGCGCCCAUGUUCUCCUCCAAGGUGGCUGUCACUGUGCUAGAACUGUUCCAGACACCCGUGCUCAGGACUCUGAGCCCGCAGGAGGCGCGCGGUCACGUGGUGUUGCGCUGCGAGACGCGCCUGCACCCGCAGAAACGGGACACGCCACUGCAGUUUGCCUUCUACAAGUACAGCCGGCCAGUCCGCCGCUUCGACUGGGGCGCCGAGUACACGGUUCCUGAGCCCGAGGUCAAGGAGCUCGAAUCGUACUGGUGCGAGGCCGCCACCACUACACGAAGUGUCCGGAAACGCAGCCCCUGGCUGCAGCUCCCCGGGAGGGGCGCUGCCCUAGAUCUGGCGUCCACCACUGCUCCGGUCCCACAGGCUGCAGCCUUGGCGCCCGGGGAUAAGCCGCUUUCCUUCCGGAAGACCCCGGUGUCCAGAUCUGUCCCCUCAGUCACUUCCGACCCGAACAGCACCUUUGCGGGGUUGCAGUUGGCUGCUGGCCACGUCCCCACUGCCGGGCCACAUGUUUGCGCGCCUCUGUCCACGUCGGUGGAACAGUCCCGCGAAGCUCUGCAGCCCAAGGUGGACCGCCUGCUUCGCGAGAUGCAGCUACUCAAAGGCCUUCUGAGCCGCGUGGUUUUGGGAUUAAAGGACCCACAGGCCCUCCACGAUCUUACAGAGACCCCCAAGACACCCAAUUCUCACGUUUCUGUGAGCCCCGGAACCCCAGAGACCACUGUCGUGGAGGGUGGGGUGGGCAGCUAGUGUCUGCUCUCCAGGAUGGUUCCUCUUGGAUCUUUCCUUCUUCAGCUCAUUGACAAACCUGAGGCACAUCUGUUAGUGUCUCCUUGUGCUGCUGUGGUUUUUAAAGAAACGCCCCUGAAGUGUGGUGCUGUGGACUUCCACCUUGCUAGACAGCUUGUAAGCGUUUGCAAGCUUGCACAGUAGUUUGUAAACAGAAGCACGCUCUCUGGUGUGUCCUUUCUUCCAUAAUCCAGCAGAGACGUAGACUGCUGCUGCUUCCUGUUUGUCAGUUUACACUCUCUUGGAAGUGAAUUUAGACCUCACAGAAAUUAAGCUCUCAUUCCAGAGUAUGUGGGUGCUUUGUUUUGUUUGUAAUUGAAUUCACUGAAGUUAGUGAGUGCUUUAGAAUUAAAUUUUAGGGUCAAGUUGUAAUUAUUCAUAAUGAAUUUAUUCUCUAAUAUUAAAACGACUUUCAAAAUUCUA